AUGACAAUGCACUUUCAACUGUGUGCUCAGCGUCUCAAAAACGAUCCAACCUUUGAAUAAAGUUCAAUCACGUUCAUAACAUACACUAGUUGAAAACUGAAUAACUUUAAAUUCAGAGAUAGACCUGUCUCAAGAAACGACUGUGGUCUACCGCUGGGGACGCUCCAAGCAUGCAGUUGACCUGAAAUGAAUCGUUUGUUUUCACUUUCACUUUCGGAGAGAAGCCGCUGCUCACACAGGAGUGGUGUAAACCCAACGUUCCUUCGCCACCAUGCUCGCUGUUCCUCUCCUCGUACUCCUCCUGCUGGAGGCCAGCGUUCCCUCCCUCGCGGCACAGCUACCGGGCAGCGACGCUGCCGGGACGCCUCCCCCGGCCGACCAAGCCUUCCCCUGGGAACGCAUGAGGCUCCCCCAGACAGUGGUUCCCCUUCACUACAACCUCACCGUCCACCCCGACAUGAACACACUCCGCUUCACCGGCGUGGUCCACAUCGAACUGGAGGUCCUGGAAAACACCGCGACCAUCGUCCUCCACAGCAGCGAGCUGCUCAUCUCCAAGGUGACGCUCCUGGUGCCAGGGGGACCUCCGACCCCCCUGCGCUUCCUAGAGCACCCUGCUUCUGAACAGUUAGCUCUUCUUUCCGACCGGGUCCUCUACCAAGGCGAGACGUACGACGUUCUGCUGGAGUUUUCCGCCAACUUGUCAGAUAACUAUCAGGGCUUCUAUAAGAGCAGUUACCGUGCGAGCAGUGGGGAGAUCAGGUACGUGGCCUCCACCCAGUUUGAGGCCACCAGCGCCCGGGCAGCCUUCCCAUGCUUUGACGAGCCAGCGUUCAAAGCUAACUUCACAAUUCAGGUCGUACGGGAGCCCCGCCAUAUCGCCAUAUCCAACAUGCCCAAGAUAAACACAGUAGAGUUGGCCGGGGGCUUGCUGAAGGACUACUUUGACACCAGUGUGAGGAUGAGCACAUACCUGGUCGCCUUCAUCGUGUCCGACUUCCUGUCUGUCAGCAAGACCACCCAACACGGGGUCAAGAUUUCCGUUUACGCGUCACCAGAGAAGAUUGACCAGACCUCCUUCGCAUUGGACGCUGCGGUCAAGCUGUUGGACUUCUACGAUGACUUCUUCGACAUCCCCUACCCGCUGCCGAAGCAGGACCUGGUGGCCAUCCCAGACUUCCAGUCGGGGGCGAUGGAGAACUGGGGUCUGACCACCUACAGGGAGGCAGGCCUGCUCUUCCAACCCAAGUCCUCAGCCUCCGACAAGCUGGGCAUCACCAUGGUGAUCGCUCACGAGCUGGCCCACCAGUGGUUUGGGAACCUGGUCACCAUGGAGUGGUGGAACGACCUGUGGCUCAACGAGGGCUUCGCCAAGUUCAUGGAGUUUGUCUCGGUGGACAUCACCUACCCCGAGCUUCAAGUGGAUAACUUCUUUCUGGGGAAAUGCUUCAACGCCAUGGAGGUCGACUCUCUCACCUCCUCCCAUCCCGUCUCCACCCCGGUGGAAACCCCCUCCCAGAUCUGGGAGAUGUUUGAUGACGUCUCGUACAGCAAGGGGGCCUGCAUCCUGAACAUGUUGCGGGACUUCAUGACCCCAGAGGCCUUCAAUGAGGGCAUCAUCCGCUACCUCCGUCGCUACAGCUACCAGAACACCGUCAACAGCCACCUCUGGCAGAGCCUCUCCAACGUGUGUAAGUCCGACCAGUUCGAGGUGGGCGGAGUCCAGCAGAAGGCCUUCUGCUCCGAGGGGAAGCUGCGACCCGAGGGCUUUAAAUGGUACACAGACGACGAGCUGGACGUGGGCACCAUCAUGGACACCUGGACGCUGCAGGAGGGCUUCCCAUUGGUCACGGUGGAGGUGAAAGGUCGCGAGGUCAGGCUCCGUCAGGAACGCUACCUCAAGAAGGACGGUCCCGCCCUCAGCGACGGGUUCCUGUGGAAGAUCCCGUUGACCUACAAAACCAGCCACUCAAACACCAUCCAACGCUUUCUGCUGGAGAACAAAACUGACGUCCUGUACCUGGAGGAGGAGGUGGACUGGGUCAAGUUCAACGUGGACAUGAGCGGCUACUACAUGGUGCACUACCAGGGGCAGGGCUGGAGCGGCCUGACCCGCCUGCUGCAGACCAACCACACGGCCCUGAGCAGCAGCGACCGCGCCAGCCUCAUCAACAAUGUCUUCCAGCUGGUCAGUGUGGGCAAGGUGCCGCUGGACACGGCCCUGGAGCUGUCCUUGUACCUGUCCCGGGAGAUGGAGCCCCUGGCGGUCACCCAGGGCCUCAGCGAGCUGGUGCCCAUCUACAAGCUGAUGGAGAAGAGGGACAUGAAGACGCUGGAGAACCAGAUGAAGGGCUACAUCGUGGAGCUGUUACAGACCCUCAUCGACCAGCAGACGUGGAGCGACUCCGGGUCGGUCUCUGAGAGGGUGCUGAGGAGCUACCUGCUGAUGUUUGCCUGCGUGCGCAACCAUCCGCCCUGCGUGGAAAAGGCCAGUAGGCUCUUCCACAGCUGGAAGGCCCUGGACGGCAACAUGAGUCUCCCCAGUGACAUCAGCCUCUGCGUGUUUGCUAUUGGAGCCCGCACUCCAGAGGGGUGGGACUUCCUGUAUGAGAUGUACGGCCGUUCCCCGGACACGUCAGUCAAGAGCCGCAUAGAGAUGGCGCUCUCCAUCAGCCCCCUGACGGACAAACUCCACAUCCUGCUGGAGGAGAGUUUUCGUGGGGAGGUUCUGAAGACCCAGGAUCUUCCCCAUGUGGUGAUCGCUGUUAGCAAGAACCCCCAUGGCUACAAGCUAGCAUGGGACUUCCUCCGGGCAAACUGGCCGGCCCUGAUCAAGAAGUUUGGGGAAGGCUCAAGCUCCAUAGCUGAAAUGGUGACUGGGGUAACUGACCAGUACUCCACCCCACAAAUGCUGAAAGAGGUUCAGGAGUUCUUUGGCUCCCUGACCAAGGAGAUGGGCUCAGAGCUGAGGUGCAUUCAGCAGACGUACGAGUCCAUUGAGUUGAAUAUCCGAUGGGUGGACAAACACCUGCCCCUGCUGCAGGCCUGGCUGGACAAACACACGAGCAGAGGGAAAACGCAACAUACUCGACACGAGGACCUUUAGGUCCAUCCGUUAACGCUGGCAAUGGAAGUGGGUUGCCCACUGUGAAGACUACUGUCUAAAUAGACUUUCCCAAAACAUCCAACACUUAUUGUCCGGCUUAAUGAACCAUUUACGUAGAAGUCCCACAUGGGGCCGCCUGAGUUCCCCCCCCUUUUUUUUCCUUUUUUUUUUUAAAACUCAGAAUUCUGAGUUUACGUCAGAAUUCUGAAUUUAAAGUCAGAAUUCUGAGUUUAAAGUCAGAAUUCUGAGGUUAAAGUUAGAAUUCUGACUUCAAAGUCAGAACUAUGGAAUUCUGACUUUUAAGUCAGAACCAUGGAAUUCUGAGAAGAAAGUCAUAAUUCUGAGUUUUAGAAUUCUGAGAUUAAAGUCAGAACUAUGGAAUUCUGAGAUUUCAGAAUUCAUAGUUUAAAGUCAGAAUUCAUAGUUUAAAGUCAGAAUUCUGAUAUUAAAGUCAGAAUUCUGAUAUUAAACUCUGAAUUCUGAGAUUAAAGUCAGAAGUCUGAGAAUAAAGUCAGAAAAGAGGAAAAGAGCUUGAACGGAAGUAACUGGACCUGAUACUCAAACAGUGUUGUCUGGUUAGGUUGAAUCUCGUCAGCAAACUUUUGCCUCCCAUAGCUUGACCAUGCAAACCGCAAUGUUAACUCGGAUGAGUAAAAACCGACACAACCCUUGAAUAUUCGGCCUUCUCCAGAGGAGGCGGGGCUUACCUCCUGAGCGCCAACCUUUAUUUCCACCACUUCAUUCUGAUCAACCAUAGAGAUAACCACCACUGCGACUCUUUACUUGUUGUGGAAGUACCAGAGAUGUCAGAGAAGCCAACCCAGAGAACAUGUCUGGGUUCAUCACAUCCUUCGGAGGCGCACACAGCUCGGUGAACUUAACCGUGUUCUCCAGGAGCCCCGUCUGGAUUACAGCCACUUCCAGUGCUCCUUGAGGCUGACUCAGGCCCAGUUUCAUGACCUGCUAGCUGGGAGCGUUGACAGGAUUUCUCACGGGCACACCAACUAAGUGCGUCCCAUCCCAGCUGCGGAGCGCCUCUCCGUCUGUCUCGGAAUUAUUUACAAACAAAUCAUUUGUUGGCCUUGCUGUUUUUUUUUUGAUAACUGUAGCCUAUUAGGCUACUCUUUUGAUUACCGUCUUGAGUGAUUUCGCAUACAAUAUGAGAGCCUAGUUUCUCACUCUUAGAAAAGUGGAAUACCUUUGUUUCUCUAUAAGUGUAUCCUUCUUGAAUAGGAGGCUACGCCUGAUUAUUUGUGGAAAUGGUAUAAGGUAUAAAUUAUUAUGGUGCCAAGGAAAAUAAAUUUGGUGUUGUGAAAUUUGU